GCGAAUAGGGGUAAUAAUUAACAGCUCCUUGGGCUGGAUGAUCGCGCUGAGGGGCACUGCCGGGCGCAGAGCCCCAGCCGGCUGCGCGCCUCGAGCCGCCCCUCCUCCGCACUUGGCUCCGACCUCCGCGACAGGGUAUCUUCAGAUGACCUCAAAAAAGGGGAAACAAGGACUAUGAUGGCUCACCAGCUCUCUUCGUGGAUCUUCGUCAAUGAGAGGAUGUUCAUUACCAGGGAACAACUUAAUUCUUUAUUGAAGACCUAUAACAUUUUUUAUGGGAACCAGAAAAAUCUGCAUAUUUUAUACGGACAGACAGAAGAUGGAGAACUAAUUGUUGAAGGAAUGUUGGACAUUUCCUGGGGAGUAAAAAGGCCUAUCCAACUGAAAAUCCAAGAUGAGAAGCAAAUCCCUUCUUUUACUAAGGUGAAGUCACCAGAUGUCUUUUCCAAAAGGGGAAUGACACGUUGGGGGGAGUUUGAUGAUCUUUACCAUAUUAGCGAUCUGGACAGGAGCCAGAUUCCAGCUUCGGAAGUAACAAAUUCCCAAAAAGAUUAUUUAUCUUAUCAUAGUAGCACUCUGAAGCCUUAUGCAGAAGAAGAGCCAAAAUCCCCAUUGCUCUAUCGAACCAUGAGUGAAGCAACGCUGGUGAGAAAAAGAAUGAAUCUUCCUUUGAUGGACAGAAAAGAGAGACAGAAGCACAGGGCCUCCAUUAACGGGCACUUCUAUAACCAUGAAACAUCGAUUUUCACUCCAGCCUUUGGAUCAGAAACUAAGGUCAGAAUAAACAGUAAUAUGAGGACUGAAGAUGUAAUAGAGCAACUUCUCCAAAAAUUUAAGAUUGAAAAUAGUGCCCAAGAUUUUGCACUCUACAUUAUUUUUGCAACAGGAGAGCAGAGACGGCUGAAGAAGACAGAUGUCCCGCUGCUGCAUAGGCUCCUGCAGGGACCCUCCAAAGAGAAUGCUCGCAUUUUCCUCAUGGAUAAAGAUGCGGAAGAAAUUAGCAGUGAUGUGGCUCAGUACAUUAACUUUCAUUUUUCUCUCCUGGAAUCCAUCCUUCAAAGAUUAAAUGAAGAAGAGAAGAGAGAGAUCCAAAGAACAAUAGCCAAAUUCCGUACAGAAAAGGCUAUUAUACUGAAAUGCCUUCAAAGUAAACGCGUAGUAAAAACGGAGACAACGGUUUAGCAGUACGGGCUGCAAUUGCUGAAACACUUCAACAGAAUCAGAGGGAUAUUACCAUUUGAUGAAUGCAUGCCUUCGACCCUUGCAUUCAUACAAAUAUAUAUGAACUUGAAUCUGUAGGAAAUUGAAUGUUGAAAAAGCUUGUCUCUCUUUGAAGUGAUGAGGUUAACUAGGGUUCACAGUUGCACUGAAAGCGGCUUCAAUUUAGUUUCAGUAACUGAAACAAGCUUGGAUACUGUGUAUUCCAAAUACUUUAAUAGUAAAACACUCAAUGAACUCGAAUCUAAACGGUGUCUUCAGACGUUGUGUAACUUGAACUUUUUUUAGCUCAAACUGUCAAGAGAACUAGAGUAACAUCAACUGAUUCUCAGAAGUAAAAGUUUCCAGCUCUUGAAAUAAAGAAGAAGCACCCUAUCGAGGAAUCGGAGGGGGACAGUGUUUCACAGCUCCUUGAAAACUCUAACAGCUUUACGAAAUCCAGGAUGGUCUCUAGAUGGUCGGGGGCUUUUGGCUAUUUGUAACAUCAGAGCUAUCUGUCCUUUGGGAUGGAAAAGAUUAUGGGCUCUGUUAAGAAAUCCAAAUUGCAAUUUUCUCAACCUCAGCCGUUUAUUCCCCCCUCUGUUCUACUCAUGACUUUCAAAAAUAUUCUUAAGCAUUUUUAAAGUCAGUUGAACUAGUUUUCUUUGUUUUUCUAAACAAGUAUACCACAGAGGCUCAAUAUAUUUAAUCAGCUGGAUAAGAUUUGGCCCACAGUAACCAUUCAUUGCCGAAUGAAAACAAUGGAUAAUGCAAAACUUGCAGCUGAAGGUAGGCAAGGAAUCUGGAGUUCUGCCCUUUUUCCCCAAGACAACCCAUUCCACGAGACAGCCCUCAAGGUACUUAACAGUCUGCUAGAACCAAUUUGAAAACAAACACUGAGAAUGCCACAAGUAUCAUCUAUGAUUUUAUUUAUGAACUCUGUAUUAGAAUGGAGUUCUAUGCAACACUAUUCCAUUCUCUAAACUACGUCCAUUUGCAUUCCUCAUAAGCAUUGUAUUAAAUUGUUUGGGUACAUUACAUGUACUAAGGGAGAAAGGUUGUGUGUAAUACGCCCAAGGUGGAAGAUUCAUUAUCAAAAUAAAAUGCGAAACCAUUGUCAAGACAAAGGUGUUACUUCUUAGUGUCACCAAAAUCGAAACCUAAACUGGAUGAAAGCAAAAAUGUACUAUGACCUUUAAGUCUUAAGAAAUCUUUUCUUGAGGAAAGCAGAGGCUUGAUUCAUUAUCUUUCCAGCUAUCAGUUAAUAAGAAAAUGGUCUCAUCUUGCCAAAAUGGGGCAAAUGAAAUAGUUAAAAUUCAGUAUACUUAUAAAAAAAUUUGAAAUAGUGUCAAGUGCCUGCCAUAAAUGACAGAAGAUUAAGCAUUAAUAUAUUGAAAGUCUACAAGAUGUGUAAGAAAAAUACCAAGACGUGGAAAGAAAAAAAAAAAGGAACCACAUAAAAAAUAAAAUCACAGGGAAGGAAAUACAAAUAGCUACUAAGUGUGUGUGAGGAGGGACUUGUAUCUUAAUGGAGAUCAACUGUAUUAGUUUGUGGCCAGUAAGGAGAUAGAAACACAGUAAUUUAAGCAGGAGAAGUUUAAUAUAAAGAAUUAAGCUGUGGUGAUAGGAGAAUAGAAAGAAAGAGAGCUCCAAAGGGUACCCUAAGACUGAGGAAGAGGACCCCAAAAAGGGAAGGUUUGGAAUCAGGGGUUCGGAACUCACCAGAAAGGCUGUGGUUGCAGCCUAUGGUAGAGGAGAAGUUUGCUGCUUGCUAGCACCACAGUCGUAGGACAAAGGAGAACAGCCCUUUGGGGUGCGGAGCAGCUGGGGUAAGUGGGCAAGUGUGCAGAGGGCCUUGGGGGAUUCUCUGCAGGCCCAAGGCCCAGGUCUCAUAGUGUCGUGUCUGGAGGUCUGUGGGAAGUUAGGGGGCACAAAGAAUCAGGGGUACUCCUGCAGGUGUGCCUGGACUAGGAGCUAAAAGGGCUUCCUUUGCAGGAACCCAGGGCAAUUCCGUGCAUGAUUUGGGCUGCAGCAUCUCCGAAGCUGUGUGGGACAGAGGCUGGGCCAGGGGCUUCCUAGAUGGCCACCCCCGGGGUGGGGGGGAAUCUCUCUGUGAGCAAGCCCUGAAUGGAGGAGGUGGAGCAGAGAGCUGUGAUUCGUGCUAGGUCAUUGACCUGGGCUCAGCUUCAGGUUAUGCCACCACACACCAAAUCAAAAGCUGGAGAAGGGGCCGGGGACACAAAUGGGAAAGAAAGCUGCACCCUACAGGCAACUAUCCUGGAGAAAGCACUCCGGGCAAAGCAGUGGAGGACAAAGUUCCACCUCCCAGAAGCCUUGCCAGUCGGCCCCUAGAAUCAGGAAAGCCCAAACUUCCUCCUUCAGUGUUUCUUCAGCGCCCUCUAUUGACGAAGCCCGUCAUCACGCAAAAUGCAAAAGAAACACAUUUAAAGGGUCCACGUCCAUUUUCACAGAACCAACAGCUAUGAAUGAAUGUGGAGCCCAGAGUCAAUAAAAUAACUGACAUGUCAACAAAACACAAGGUAAAGAAAAGCAAAAUGCACUUUUGGGUCUAUUAGCAAAGAUUAAGAAAUGAUAUUAAAUACUCAAAAAAUGACAAUGAGAUAACCACUCCAACUAGUGGUAGAAAUACAAAUGGCUAUAACUUCU